UUCAUUACAAAUGUCACUAGCGAAGGUAGUUUUACUGAACAUUUCUUUUAAAAUUAAGUUACUAUUGAAUAGCAGUGCGCCGUUAGUGUUUGUUUCUAAGAUGCCGUUUUACGCCGUUGCAAAAGGUCGGACGCCAGGCAUAUUUAUGUCGUGGCCUGAUUGCGAAGCCCAAGUAAAAGGUUUCCCUGGUGCGAGAUACAAGAAAUUUGAUACAAUUAAUGGUGCUCAAGAUUUUAUUACUACACAAGGCGGACAAAGCAGCAGUGCACAGCCAAAAAAAUAUAAUAGCCAAGUCAAAAAUACUUCAGUUAAUAACCUUAAAAGGACUAUUUCUACUAGUAGUAUAAAUCAAAGUAAAGUCAAAGACAAACCUAAAAGGAAAUCUAAAGCUAGUUUGGGCUAUGUAGAGGAGAAUGAUGACUCCGACACUGAUGAUUCCGAUGACUUGAACACAAUCGUAUGUAAACAAUUGGAUGACAUAGAAAAAAGAUUGAAAUCAUUCGAGAAAGGCGUGGAUAACAUAAUUAAAAAGGGUACUAAGAAAACUAUUUUAAUAGAACCUCCACAGAGCAAAAAACGUAAGACAAGUGGUGGAGAGGAAUUUGAAAUGGAUAAUGAUGGGUUUGUACAGGUAUACACUGAUGGAGCAUGUUCUGCCAAUGGUAAGAGUGGAGCCCGAGCUGGUCUCGGAGUGUUCUGGGGCAAUGGCCAUCCUCUGAAUGUCAGUGAGCCUGUGUCUGGGCGGGCCACUAACAAUUGUGGAGAGAUCCAGGCUGCCACACGGGCUAUCAAGAUUGCACUUCAGAAUGGAGUUAAAAAACUAUCAAUUAACACAGACUCAAAGUUUGUCAUUAAUUCAGUCACAAAAUGGAUGCCAGGUUGGAAACGGAAAGGCUGGAAGCUAGCAUCGGGUGAGCCUGUAAAGAAUGAAACAGACUUCAAAGACUUGGACAGUGUACAGCACAAGUUACAGAUCAAAUGGAACUAUGUGGAGGCCCACAGAGGAGUGCAUGGCAAUGAAAUGGCCGACCAGCUUGCUAAGGCUGGAGCUGCCAUGUACAGUAAAUAGAUGAUAAUCUUAUUGUCCAUUAUGUGAUUUAUUGCUAAAAGCAAGUUCUAUAUAAAACAUGUAUGUAUAUAAUGGCUGUGCAAGACAUGAGAGCUUUGUGACUUGGUCUAUUUAAUUACUCACUGACAUUUCAAAUUGUGUUUUUUUUUUAAUUUUAUGAGAUCUGUAUCACUUGUAACACUUGUAAAAUAUUUUAAUUAAGUUUCUUAUCUUGCAUUCUUGUUGAGUAAACAUUCAGUAUUAUGGAUGAAUUUGCUAAGUGAAAAAUGUCUGAAAAGAACAGCUGUGAUUAAUAAAAACAAGUAAUUAU